AUGUCCACCGCUCGCUAUGCGCCCUCGGCCGCCCAUCCCAUGGCCCAGCAGGCCGCAUACCGCGCUCCCGCGCCCAUCGCCGUCUCCAAUGCUCCCCCGGGCACCUUUGCGCCCGGCACCAAGGUCCAGGUCGGCAACCACCGUGUCACCAUCGAGAAGUAUCUCUCCGAGGGUGGUUUCGCGCACGUCUACCUCGUCCGCGUGCCCAAGUCCGAUAAUGGAACCCCCGAGACUGCCGUCUUGAAGAGGGUAGCUUGUGCGGACAAAGAUGCACUGGCGAACAUGAGGACCGAGGUCGAGACCAUGAAGAAGCUCAAAGGCCACAGCAAGAUCGUCACCUACAUGGACUCGCAUGCUUCACAGCUGAAGACAGGAGGCUAUGAAGUAUUCCUGCUCAUGGAGUUUUGCUCAGGAGGCGGCUUGAUCGACUUCAUGAACACCAGGCUCCAGCAUAGAUUGACGGAGCCUGAAAUUCUGCACAUCUUCUCAGACGUCGUCGAGGGCGUUGCUACCAUGCACUACCUCAAGCCGCCGCUCCUCCAUCGCGAUCUCAAGGUCGAAAACGUCCUGAUUACCACCGUGGGAGGCAACAAGAUAUACAAACUCUGCGAUUUCGGAUCCACCGCACCCCCGAGACCCGCCGCUACAACUGCCGCUGAAGGGAGACUGAUCGAGGACGAUGUGCAACGGCACACUACACUACAGUAUCGCAGUCCGGAAAUGAUCGACGUAUACCGCAAACAGCCAAUAGACGAGAAGAGCGACAUCUGGGCGCUGGGUGUACUAUUGUACAAGCUAUGCUACUAUACUACACCCUUCGAAGAGGUCGGACAGAUGGCUAUUCUGAACGCCACGUUCAAGUACCCAGCGUACCCCCAGUUCUCAGACAGGAUAAAGAAGCUCAUAGGCUCGAUGCUGCGAGAGAACCCACAACACAGACCCAACAUCUACCAGGUGGUCGCCGAAGUCUGUUCGAUGCGACACCGUCCCAUUCCUAUCAAAGACAUCUACUCUGGCAGAACUCAGUCAGAAGCCCGCCGGAACCAGGAACUUCCCCCUACCGAGCCUCAGGUCUCUUCGCCGCCUCCUGUCGUGGGUCUGCAAAGGGUGGCACCUACAGUGCAGGUACAGCAAGUACCAGACAUUACACCAAUGAGAAGAGGCAGGCCCACAGGUCCAGCCCAGCCACCUCCAGCGGCAGCAAGGCCAAGUCCGUCGCCUAUGAGAGGGACAACAUCCGACCCAUUCGCUGCACUAGACUCGCAGGACGUUCAGGUCAGACGAGCUGCGGCUGAUGAGCUGGCGUCGCGCUUCCCAUCUCUGGAUGAAUUUUCAUUACUGCAUGAUCGAGGCCAGAAGUUUGAGUUUGGUGAAGCGCCAACGACUUCCGACCCGGCACUUACCAAACGGAUGACAGAUGCGCUUGCAGAUGAGGCUUUUGCGUCACCGCCGCUCUCCAAGGUCGACUCAACACCUGGGGUAAAGCCCUCGACCGCAGUGUCCUCCACGGGUGUGUCCAGGACCACCUCUCUAAGAAAACCGCAGCCCUACGAAGCCAAAGACAGUCCGCGCAAUGACAACGCAAGCAUACAGUCGCCUAUUCCACAGCGGGUCGGCAUGGUCUCUACUGGCGUACAGACUUCCCCACGAGCAUCUCCCGUUCCAGCCCAGCAGAAACUCCCCGAUGUCAACAACCGGCCUAUCUGGAAGGUACCUCUGUCAUCGCACCACAACCGUGCUUUGAGUCAACAGGCGUCAGAACCUCGCCCGAGGAGUCCCUUGAGCAGUCCGUCACUGAGGCCCGAAUUCGCUUUGCCUGCACGGCCCUCUUUUGAGUCGAGAUCCAAAUCUCAACUCAGCAUCCCUCAAUCCCCGGCUUCAUCUAGACCUUCGUUAGAAAGCCAGCGUCCCUCCAAUAUGGAUCUAGGCUCCGCCAUUGAUCGGUCGAGAUCUGCAAACUCAAAUGCACGCCCGGCUAGCAUGCAUGUAGAGUCGAACCUUGACUAUCUACGUGAUCGAGAAAUGACGCCUGGUCGUAACUUUGACGCUCCAUCAUUACAACGCCGCGUCACUGCAAACGCAAUCGAUGACUCUGAACCUGAAGAGAAGAACGUCAGGUCAAGCGUUGAUUUCCUCCGCUCCAUCGAACAGGAUGAGCAUGGUCACAAACACCGCCGUAGUAGCUCCCGAAGUAGCCAACAAGGCAAAUACGGAAAACGUGGUAGCAUCACGAACAUCGUCAAGGGAAGGUUUGGUGAUGCCUUCCGUCGCUUUGAGUCCACGAAGACGCCUGAGCACGAACGCGAUCAGCCGCCCAUGACACCAACCGACCAGCUCAUCGAUUCCAAGGGCGGUUUGACUCCCAUUGCCGGCUCCGAAGCUACUGGUGGUUUGAGUGACGACGACCGCAGCCAGAUCGACGAAACGCAGGAUCUAUCACCAGAAGUUCGAAGAGAACUUGAGAAGAGACAGUUGGCUGAAGAAGAGCGCCGCGUCGAAGCUGCGGCAGCAGAGUACAAGCAACGCGUCGCUUCGCAAGGGCAAGGAAAGCCCAAAGGCGGCCCAUCCAAAGCUUCAUCCAUCCAAAACCGCGUCAAGAACCUGCUCGAUGAGAGCAGCAAGCCAGCAGCUUCGAACCGCACAGCUGAGGGAUACGGCAAGUACACCGAUACCGGAAAGCCACUGCCCAUGCGGCCCCAAGAUCAAAGCGGAGCAAGGCAGCCACCUGCCAUUGCUCGUAAGCCCAUGAACGUCUCUUCACAACAACCUCAAGACCUCCCGUACGCGAAGCCGUCUUCGAUUCGGCCAAACAUGCCUCCACCAACACCCUCCGCGUCCGCACCGCCCACAAUCAAUGUGCGCAACCCCUCCGGCCCCCCUCCCCGGGCUCCCAAGCCCAAAAAUCUGCAGACCGGCGGCUCAGUAGCCCCGGGCCAAAGUUCACCGGUGAAAUUAACCCCAGGCACCAAAGAGAAGCCGCUCCCGCCCAUCGCCCGCGACGGCGGUGACGACUUCGACGUCGACACCUUCAGCAAGCGGUACCCCAGUCUGAGCGGUUUGGAAAUGGUAGAGACAGAGAUUCCCCGCCGUACCGUCCGCGACGUCUAA